CAAUGCCUUCGGAACUUCUCGGAUGACUUCUAUCGGAUAACGAUAAUCAGCCGGUGUCUAUUGCAAAUACUUCGAAAGAAAAGAAUAGUACUGCAAAAUGUUGAAAGUAGUUGAAGCUAGACGUGAUGAUGGGCAGGUUGAAGAUUACCACGGCACAAAGAUAUCAGACCCUUAUCAUUGGAUGGAAGACCCAGACAGUGAAGAAACCAAGGCUUUUGUUGAUGCUCAAAACAAUAUUUCAAGACCAUAUCUAGAUUCCUGUCCUGUUAGAGAUAAGCUAAACAAAAGGCUGACAGAGCUAUGGGACUUCCCUAAGUAUGGCUGCCCAUACAAGAGAGGAGACCAUUACUACUAUUCCUAUAACUCAGGACUUCAAAACCAGAGUGUUCUUUAUGUACAAGACUCUCUGGAAUCUGAGGCUUGGGUUUUCUUAGACCCCAAUCUCUUAUCUGAUGAUGGAACAGUGUCUCUGAAUGGAAAAGCUUUCUCAGAAAAUGGGAAGUAUCUAGCUUAUGGUAUCAGCAAGAGUGGGUCUGAUUGGAUCACUAUCAAGUUCAAAGAAGCUCCUUCUGGAAAAGAUUUGCCAGACACUCUCGAGAAAGUCAAAUUUUCCAGCAUGGCAUGGACUCAUGACCACAAAGGCUUAUUUUAUAAUAAAUAUUUAGAUGAAAACAUCAAAGCAGAAGGCACAGAGACUGCAUCAAAUCAAAAUCAAAAGUUGUUCUAUCAUCGGAUUGGAACUGACCAGUCUAAAGAUGUCCUAGUGGCAGAGUUUCCAGAUAAUCCAAAAUGGAUGAUUGGUGCAGAGGUCAGUGAUUGUGGUCGUUUUGUCGUCCUGACCCCCACAGAAGGCUGUGACCCCACUAACAGACUCUUCUAUGUUGACCUUCAAACCCUACCAGAUGGAAUCAAUGGAAUUCUUCCUUAUGUUAAAGUCGUGGAUAACUUUGAUGCACAAUAUGAGUAUCUCACAAAUGAAGGCACGCUGUUUACAUUCAAGACCAAUCUGAAAGCUCCCAAUUACAAGCUGAUUCAGAUUGACUUUUCUAAACCAGAAAUGGAGACCUGGAAAACUCUGGUGGAGGAGGCAAGUUCUGUGUUGGAAUGGACCGCCUGUGUCAACAACAACAAGCUGGUCAUGUGUUACCUGGAGGAUGUCAAGAACAAGCUUUAUGUCCACAACUUGAGUGACGGUAAGAGGAUGGCAGAAUUCCCGCUUGAGAUUGGGACAAUCGCGGGGUACAGUGGAAAAAAGGAACAGACCGAGAUAUUUUUCCAAUUCAUAUCCUUCCUGACCCCCGGGGUCAUUUACAGGUGUGACAUGACCAAGGAUACCUACACACCCACGGUAUUUAGGGAAACAAAGCUGAAGAACUUUGAUUUUGACCAAUAUGAAACAAAGCAAAUCUUUUAUCCCAGUAAAGAUGGAACCAAAAUACCUAUGUUUAUUGUGAAGAAAAAGGAUAUGCCCUUGGAUGGGGACAAUCCUUGUCUUCUGUAUGGAUAUGGUGGCUUCAACAUCUCCAUUAGCCCCCACUUCUCUGUGUCGCGGAUGGUCUUCAUGCAGCACCUUGGGGGUGUGUUUGCUGUGGCCAACAUAAGAGGAGGAGGAGAAUAUGGAGAUGAUUGGCACAAAGGCGGGAGAUUUGGGAAUAAACAGAACGUAUUCGAUGAUUUCCAGGCUGCUGCACAGUAUUUGAUCGACAACAAAUACACAUCUGCAAAAAAACUGGUUAUCAACGGGGGAUCUAAUGGUGGCCUUCUUGUGGGAGCGUGCAUGAAUCAGAGACCAGACUUGUUCGGCUGUGGGAUAGCUCAAGUCGGAGUGAUGGACAUGCUGAAGUUCCACAAGUUCACAAUUGGCCAUGCUUGGACCACAGACUAUGGUUGUAGUGACAAAGAGGACCAAUUCCCAUAUCUGAUCAAAUACUCACCCCUCCAUAACAUCAAGGUGCCAGACGGAGACACCCAGUACCCUGCGGUGUUACUGCUGACCGGUGACCACGACGACCGAGUUGUUCCGUCCCACUCUCUGAAGUUCAUGGCUGAACUUCAACACACCCUAAAAGACUGCCAAAAACAGACCAAUCCAAUAAUGAUUCGGGUAGACACUAAAGCUGGUCAUGGCAGCGGGAAACCCACAGCGAAGAUUAUUGAAGAGCUGACAGAUAUUUACAGUUUCAUUAUACUGACUGCUGGAGCUACUUGGAGGGAUUGACUAGCACCCAGGCUCUAGAGACAAAAUUAAUAUGAGCAAUAGCAGAAUGAUACUGUGAUUUUCAAUAUGAUGACUGUACAGAUAUUUAAGAUAUGUUUAAGUUUUCACACAUGUUUUUUUGUACAUGUGUUGAUAUUUUUAGCAAAAAAUUCAAAAUUAUAUUACAUGUAAUUUAUAUAAUUGUACCUGAAUGAAAAAAUAUGUAGCAGUGCUGCCAAGCCAUAAAUUAUCUCAACAUUUCCCA